CGAGCACACACACGCUGUCAAAUCAAGCUAGUGACAUCAAGCCUGCAACUCUCCACCGGCUUACUGCUGGCUCAUCCAACGUUAGCCUUUGUCUUAAAUCCAGACGGUGUAUCGGUAAUUUGAACGAAUUAGGGACCGUAGUUGUAUUUUAUUGUGGUUUUCUGAUCAAAUUAUAUCUUCCUGUUGACAAUGGCUGAUCCCAAAUACGCAAACCUACCAGGAAUUGCUUUUAACGAACCCGACGUGUACGAGACCGGUGACCUUCCAGAGGAUGACCAGGCUCAGUUUGAGUCGGAGGAGCUCUGCAGCGACAGUGUGGAGAGGAUCGUGGUCAACCCGAACGCUGCGUAUGACAAGUUCAAAGACAAACAUGUCAGCACCAAAGGACUUGACUUCUCAGACAGAAUCAGUAAAAGCAGAAGAAUCGGUUACGAGUCAGGAGAGUUUGAAAUUCUGGGAGAGGGCUGCGGAGUGAAGGAGACGCCUCAGCAGAAGUAUCAGCGUCUGGUUAAUGAGAUUCAGGAACUGAUGCAGGACGUGGACACCAUCCAGGCUACAGCGAAGGAAAGUUCGACAGAAGAGCGCCUCACCCCAGUGGUACUCGUCCAGCAGGCGGCACAGCUCAAACAGCUUCUGGUCACUGCUCAUCUGGACUCGCUGCUUGGACCGCAGGCUCACAUCAACCUGGCUGAUCCCGAUGGAGCUCUUGCCAGGCGUCUGCUCACCCAGCUGGAGGUGGCUAAGGGCAGUCGUGGCAGCUCUGCAGGAGACUCCAAAGCCACUUCUGCAACAAAAGGUCCAGAUGGAGUGGUGCUCUACGAGCUGCACAGCAGACCGGAGCAGGAAAAAUUCAACGAGUCUGCCAAGAUGGCAGUGCUGGAGAAGCGUCUGGCUCAGUUGGAAAUGGCUGUUGGCUCAGGAUCAGACAAGCAGGGACCACUGAAUGCUGGUGUGCAGGGAGGCAGUUUGAUGGACACCAUUGAGCUCCUGCAGGCAAGAGUCAGCGCCCUGGAUUCUGCUACUCUGGAUCAAGUGGAGGCGAGACUGCAGAGCGUCCUUGGGAAGAUGAAUGAGAUUGCUAAGCACAAGGCAGCGAUUGAAGAUGCUGAAACACAGAACAAGGUGUCACAGCUGUAUGACGUGGUGCAGAAGUGGGAUGCCGUGUCCACUUCCAUACCUCAGGUGGUGCAGAGGCUUGUUGCUGUGAAGGAACUGCAUGAGCAAGCCAUGCAGUUUGGCCAGCUGCUGACUCACCUGGACACGACUCAGCAGAUGAUCAACAACUCUCUGAAGGACAACAACACCCUGCUAACACAGGUCCAGCAGACGAUGAAGGAGAAUCUGGUGGCUAUCGAGGAGAACUUUGCAGCACUUGACCAGAGGAUGAAGGUUUUUAAGUAAACAAUGGCAGAACGUGACUCGGUCCAGGAGAGACUACAACAUGGACAAUGAAUAUUUGGUUAGAGAGCACAGCUGGGAGGGGUGUGGGGUGUAGUGCUGUCCUCUCUCCCGCCCUUGGCUUCUGCCUCAGCCUUUUUUCACUAAGUGGGACGUUCUCUAGAUGGAAUAACAAGAAGGAGACCAAAUGUCCACCCUCAUGUCCUCUUCCUUUCACUUGCAUCUGGCUGACAUAAUUUGAAACUGUUUGUAAAUUUGAAACAUGACUGCAGUGCUGCUGUUUUCGACCCCCUGUUGUGACGUUUUAGACUGGAUUGCUUUUAUCUGUACCCAUAUGGAAGAUUCUUUCUGUCCUUACAGAAAUUCACACUAAAGGAUGUUUUCUGUAACUUUACCUUAACUUAAUGAGUCACAUUUGGGUUGUUGAAGGAUGCAAUAUUGAGAAACUGUUAACUGUAGUAGCGGGGAUACGGUGUGAGUUUCAGACUCCUGCUGUGGAAGGAAAGCUUGUAAAUACGCCCGACUCAUUGUUUCCUCUCACUCGGUCGCCUGUAACUAUAUUACUAUGACUGAGACCAAACGCCACAGACGAACUUUUACUCUGUUUGCCCGUUGCAGCUUUACUGUUUAUCUGUGGUCACCGAUGCCCAUCAAUAAAUCAGUAAUACACCAGGCUCCUGUUGAACAUUAUCUAAUAAAAUAGUUCAAAGCG